AUGUCGCAAGUGCCUGGAGUAGCACCAUUCGAUGGUGUGGACCCGCAAUUGGACCCUAACAGCGAUGAGUUCAAUGCCAAAUUUUGGGUCAAGAACUUGAGAAAGUUGUUGGAUAGUGACCCAGAUUACUAUAAGCACUCCAGCUUGGGAAUUGCGUACAGGGACUUGCGUGCCCGUGGUAUUGCUACCGAUAGUGACUACCAGCCUACGGUGACCAACUUUUUGUGGAAACUCAGUUACGAGUUGUACAACAUGGUCAGAAAACCCGAUGAAUCUCGUUACUUUGAUAUUUUGAAACCUAUGGAUGCUAUCAUGAAACCGGGUGAGGUUACGGUCGUGUUGGGAAGACCGGGUUCUGGGUGUUCCACUCUUUUGAAGACCAUUGCCGCUCAUGACUACGGGUUCAAAGUGAGUCCUGAGUCUCGUAUCUCCUACAAUGGUAUGACUCCGAAUGAUAUCAAGAAGCACCACAGAGGUGAUGUGAUUUUCUCCGCCGAAACUGAUGUCCACUUCGCCAACUUGUUGGUGGGUGAUACUUUGGAGUUCGCUGCUAGAAUGAGAACUCCUCAGAACAGAGGUCUGGUCCUGAGAGAAGACUAUGCCAAACAUAUGGCUGCCGUCUACAUGGCCACCUAUGGAUUGUCACAUACCCGGUUUACUCGUGUCGGUAACGACUACGUGAGAGGUGUUUCUGGUGGUGAGAGAAAGAGAGUGUCGAUUGCUGAGGCCUCUUUAUCCGGUGCCAACAUUCAGUGUUGGGAUAACGCUACCAGAGGUUUGGAUGCAGCUACGGCCUUGGAGUUUAUCAGAGCCUUGAAGACCUCUGCUACAAUCUUGGAUGCCACACCUUUGAUUGCUAUUUACCAAUGUUCUCAAGAUGCUUACGAUUUGUUUGACAAUGUUUGUGUAUUGUACGAAGGUUACCAGAUUUUCUAUGGUAAAGGUAAAGUCGCCAGAAAGUUUUUCGAGGACAUGGGUUACAUCUGUCCUCAAAGACAAACUACUGCUGAUUUCUUGACUUCCAUCACCAACCCAGCUGAAAGAAUCAUCAAGCCUGGUUUCGAGGACAGAGUCCCCAGGACCUCCAAGGACUUUGAAACUUACUGGAAGAAUUCUCCUGAAUAUGCCAACUUAAUUGCCGAAAUUGAAGAGUAUAUGGAAACUAGUGAGAAGGAAAACCACAAGCAGCUUUUCCAUGAGGCCCAUGUCGCUAAACAGGCCAAGAGAGUGCCAGCCGGUUCAUCUUAUACUGUUUCAUUUGCUAUGCAGACCAAGUACGUUAUGCAAAGAAAUAUCUUGAGACUUAAGGGUGAUCCUUCCAUUUCGAUUUUCUCUAUUUUCAUGCAAGCUGUUAUGGGGUUGAUUUUGUCGUCUGUUUUCUACAACUUGAGUCAGGAAACUGAUUCUUUCUACUACAGAGGUGCUUCUAUUUUCUUUGCUGUGUUGUUUAAUGCCUUCUCAUCGUUGUUGGAGAUCAUGGCUUUGUUCGAAGCCAGACCCAUUGUUGAAAAACAUAAACAAUAUGCAUUGUAUAGGCCUGCUGCUGAUGCACUUGCAUCUAUAAUCACUGAACUUCCCACCAAAUUUUUGAUGUCGAUGUCUUUCAACGUCACCUUCUACUUCAUGGUGAACUUGAGGAGAGAUGCCGGAAGAUUUUUCUUCUACUGGCUAAUGGGUUUUCUGUGCACCUUGGUGAUGUCCCACAUCUUUAGAUCCAUUGGUGCUGUUUCUACUUCCUUGCCUGGUGCUAUGACUCCAGCCAGUGUCUUGUUGUUGGCCAUGAUUAUUUUCACUGGUUUUGUUAUUCCUACUCCAAAAAUGUUGGGAUGGUCCAGGUGGAUCAACUACAUUAAUCCAGUGGCUUAUGUGUUUGAGUCCUUAAUGGAUAAUGAGUUUUCCGAAAGAAUCUUCAAAUGUUAUAAGACCAAGUUCAUUCCAAAUGGACCUGAUUACUCCAAUAUCGGUAGUAGUAACCGAGUUUGUUCUACCACCGGUUCUAUUGCUGGUCAAAAUUUCGUUAACGGUACUAACUAUUUGUCUGCGUCCUAUGAAUACUACAACUCUCAUAAAUGGAGAAACUUUGGUAUUACCGUUGGCUUCAUCAUUUUCUUCUUGGGUCUCUACAUCUUGUUAACUGAACUUAACAAGGGUGCCAUGCAAAAGGGUGAAAUUGUUUUGUUCUUACAAGGUGACUUAAAGAAACACAAGAAGGCCAGAGCUGCUGCCGCUGCCUCUAAGGGACAGGAUCUUGAAAAUAACUUGAACUCAGAAGAAAAGUUGGGAUUACAAGAUGAAAUUGCUGGUGAAAUUAGCGAAGAAACUGACAUUGAGAAGAAAUUGGUCAAGAACGAAAACAUCUUCCAUUGGAAAGACUUGACCUACCAGGUGAAGAUUAAGACAGAAGAUAGAGUGUUGUUGAACCACAUUGAUGGUUGGGUUAAACCUGGUCAAUUGACGGCCUUAAUGGGUUCUUCUGGUGCUGGUAAGACUACACUUUUGAACUGUUUGUCAGAAAGACUUACAUCCGGUGUUAUCACUGAUGGUUCCAGAAUGGUCAACGGUCAUGCCUUGGACUCUUCUUUUCAAAGAUCUAUUGGUUACGCUCAACAACAAGAUUUGCAUUUGGAAACCUCUACUGUUAGAGGUGCCUUGAGAUUUUCGGCUUACUUGAGACAACCAGCUCACGAUGAAUAUGUUGAAUACUGUAUUGAUUUGUUGGAAAUGACACCUUACGCUGAUGCUUUGGUUGGUGUUGCUGGUGAAGGAUUGAAUGUUGAACAAAGAAAGAGAUUGACUAUUGGUGUUGAAUUGGCUGCUAAACCAAAAUUAUUGUUGUUCUUGGAUGAACCAACUUCUGGUUUGGAUUCUCAAACUGCCUGGUCUGUUUGUAAGUUGAUGAGAAAGUUGGCUGAUCAUGGCCAAGCUAUCUUGUGUACCAUUCACCAGCCUUCAGCCAUUUUGUUACAAGAAUUCGACAGAUUGUUAUUCUUACAAAAGGGUGGUCAAACUGUCUAUUUUGGUGGCUUGGGUGAAAACUGUUCUACUUUAACCAACUACUUUGAAAAGUAUGGUGCUGAUCCUUGUCCUCCCGAAGCCAACCCAGCUGAAUGGAUGUUACACGUUGUCGGUGCUGCCCCUGGUUCUCAUGCUAAACAAGAUUACUUUGAUGUUUGGAGAAACUCAACUGAGUAUGCCGAAGUUAGAAAGGAAUUGGAAUACAUGGAAACGGAAUUGGUCAAAUUACCAAAGGAUGAAAGUGCAGAUUCUCACAAGACAUAUGCUGCUGGAUACCUCACCCAAUACUUAAUUGUGUCCCAGAGAGUUCUUCAACAACAUUGGAGAAACCCAUGGUACAUCUACUCCAAGAUCUUUUUGGUUGUUUCAUCGUCUCUUUUCAACGGGUUUUCUUUCUUCAAGGCUGAUACUUCUGAGCAAGGUUUGCAGAAUCAAAUGUUUGCUAUUUUCAUGUCGCUCAUUCCUUUGAACACCAUUAUCCAACAGUUGUUGCCAUUCUUCGUCAGUGCGAGAUCUUUAUACGAAGUUAGAGAGUCUCCAUCUAGAACAUACAGUUGGAUUGCCUUCAUUGGUGCUCAAAUCACAGGAGAAAUACCUUUCAACUUUGCCGUUGGUACCUUAUCCUUCUUCUGUUGGUACUAUCCACUUGGCUUGUACCGUAACGCUGAACCCACUGAUACUGUGCACGAAAGAGGAGCCUUGGUUUGGCUUUUCCUUUCGUUUUUCUAUAUUGCUGAUAAUGCUGCUAAUUUGGCAGUCAUGUUGUUUACUGUGUGUCUUAGCUUCUGUGGUGUGUUGGCCACCGCUGACUUCUUUCCAGGGUUUUGGAUCUUCAUGUACAGAGCUAACCCAAUAACAUAUCUCAUUCAAGGUGUUUUGUCAGCUAGUUUGGCCAAUACUGAAGUUGUAUGCGGAGCUAAGGAAUUGUUGCACUUUGAUCCACCAUCUGGUCAAACCUGUGGUGACUACAUGUCGAGCUACAUUUCAACUGCUGGUGGUAACGUUAUCAACCCUAGCGCCACUGAAGGAUGUGAAUUCUGUACCAUGAAGUCCACCAAUGACUUUUUGACAUCGGUGAGCUCGAUCUACUCAGAAAGAUGGAGAAACUUUGGUAUCUUUGUUGCUUUCGUUGCCAUCAACAUCAUCGGAACUGUGUUCUGUUACUGGUUGGCCAGAGUACCUAAAAGCAACAGACUGAAGAAACAUUGA